AAAGAAUGUCAUUAAUUUGUCAUACCUUUAUUGAAAUUGAAAUUUGUAAUGAAUAAAUUUUACGGUGAAUCAAAAAUAUGUAUGCGUAAACAUUGAACAAAAAAAGUCAACUUUCAGCCUAAAAUAUAAAAAAAAAAUUAAGCUAAAGUUUACGUCAAACUAAACGAUUUUUUUUGCAUGAAAUUUUAAUUAUGCUUUUUAAACGUUUCUAAGCAACAAAUUGAAUUUGAAAUAUAAAAAAAAAACCUUGAAACAAGAAAAUUAUUUGUUUUUUUAAAUAACAAAUAAAAUUGUUGUCAGAAUAAAAUUUAUUUUUCACUUAUCAGAAGAUAGAUCAACUGAUCCUUAAAUUAUUUACAUUCACUUUGUAAAUUACAUGUAAAUGUCACGAGCAUUUCAAAAAAGAACUUUAAAGAAUUAAAUUCACAAGAAGUUUGCAAGUUGAACAGAGCGUACAAAAAAUUAUUUAAAAAAAUUUUUAUUUUCCCGUUGCAGAAAAAUAUAAAAAUGAAUUUACUAUUCCGCAAUUAUCAAUUAAUUCUCCUGAUUUUGAUUUGCUUUCAAGGAAAAUCCUAUUCAAAAAAUUGGAAUUCAUUUCACAAUGUCGUAAGAAAUUAUCUCGAAAGUAAUCCACGAAUUUGGCAAACAUUAUUAAUUGUAAAUGAUAGUAGAAAUGAUGAAUUUGUAAAUUUACACAAUACUCCAAUGAUUGUUGUUGAUAUUCGAAAUUUAACGGAAAAUCAUCUUCUUUCACGUGAAAGUAAUACAUUUUUAAGGGAUCCUCAAUCAACAUUAUUCAUUGUCACUUGUCUAUCAUUAAUUCCUAAUCAAUUGGCAUUAAUGUCACAAAUAAUAAAUUUUAUAACUCAACAUACUGCAUCAAAAAGACGACCAAAAGUAUUAAUUGCAAAGAAAAUAGAAAAAAAUUUAAUCAAUAAAGAAUUGCUUACAUUCAUGUGGUCGAAACAAUUUCUCGAUGUUAGUAUUCUCGAGUUAGAAAAUAAACGAAGUAAAAUUGAUUUCUUUACAUAUGUCAAUGAGAUUACAAUUACACGACUAUUGUUUUAUAAUCCAUUUACAAAGAAAUUACAUAAACAGAAAAUGACUUCUAAAUUAAAUUUAUUUCCUGAUAAAUUGAAAAAUGUACAUAAACAUCCUUUUAUUGUUGGAUACUAUAAUGAUCCUCCUUUUGUGAAUAUUACUCGUAAUUCAACAGAUAAUGUGACAAAUAUUGAUGGAACUGAUGUUUUGCCUGUGAGAGCAUAUGCAGAUGCUAAGAAUUUUCAACUUGAUGAACGUAUAUCAAUAAAUUACUUUGACACUGUUAAAUGCAUUAAAGAAAAUAAUACAGGUUUUGUAUUUGAUAUAAUGAACAACAGAAUGCAAUUAAUUGGCAGUCAAUCUGUUAGAUUAGUAGGUUGUUUUGCACUUUUAAUGGAACUAGCUAAAACAAAUGAAAGAAUUUAUUAUUACGCAUUGGUACCAAAAUCCGUUAAAUCAAUGGAAUUGUCAGAUAAUUGGAAAAUUUUAAAUGUCCUAAUAGUCAUUAGUUUGCUUACUUUAGUUUGGAUUUCAUCUAAAUUAUUACGAUUUGAUAAAAUAUAUUGGCAAAUUUUAUAUCUUGGAGAAAUGGCACUUGGAAUGGGUGUGCCCCAUGAGCCAAAUUAUUUAUCUCAAAGAAUACUUUUUGGUGCAAUGAUGUGGUCAUGUUUUUUCUUUUCGUCAGAAAUUUAUUCAACUUUUACAAGCGUUAGCUUACCAGUCGUGUCAACUAGUGGAAUGGAUAGUCUUGAAGAUUUGUAUGCAUCAAAUCUCGUAUUAUUUAUCCAUCCAAAUCUCUAUAAUAUCAAAGAUAUUAAGAUAAUUGAUUCAGAAAGUUCACGGAUUUUUUAUAACAAAACAUGUAAUGAUCCUAUUCUUGGUCAGAAAUGUCUCAGAUUAUUGUUAAAUGAUACAAAUGUAACAGAAAUGCUGAAUAGUAAUAUUACAGAAUUAUCAGAAGGAGAUGAUAAAAUGAAAAAUUGUAUUGUUAAUAUGUUAGGAAAGAAAAAUGUAAAAUGCCAAUUUAAUGAUGAUAAAAAAAUGACAAAAAUAAGGUGUAUUAAUGAUAUGUUGGAAAAUAAAAAUGUAACAUGCAUUAUGAAUAGUGAUCGAGGAGUAUUGAUAAUAAGAGAUACAAAACGAAAAUACAAAAAGGCAACAAUUAAGGCAAUAAAGGAAACUGUAUAUGUGCGAUUAAAUACAUAUCUUUUUGAGUAUGCAUCACCUUAUGUUGCAUCUUUCGAAGAUGUUUAUAUGAAAUUAAACGAAGCCGGAAUUUUGCAGAAAUGGCAUAAUCAAUUUUUAGAUGCUGAGGGCAGUGAUAAAACGAGUUUAUUUGAAGUUGUUCCAUCAGAAGCGGGUGGUGAAACAAAAUUAAAAGAUAGUCUUAUCCAUGUUUUAAUUUUUGGAUUUACAUUUUCUGCCAUUGUAUUUAUUGGAGAAAUAUGUUUCUAUAAUUUUCAUCGUUUUCGUCAAUCACGUUUGUUAGUUAUUCUUUAAUUAUCUCUCUACUAUAAUAUUCUCUCUAAAUCUGAAUCAGUAAUUUUUCAGUAAAUCCACUAAUUUACAAUGAAAUUUCAUUGGUCAGUAUAUGAAUCACUUUUUCUCUGAUUUAAAUUUAGAGAGUAAAUAAUCAAAAUUAAUUCCUUUCUUUGUGAAAAUAGAGAAUAUAGAAAUUGCAAAUUUGAGUGAAAUUGUUUUUUUUUUUUUUUGAAAUAUAUUAAAAAUUGUAUGAAAAAAAAAAUUAGUAAUAAUCCAGAAAUUUUGUAAAAAUGGAGAAAAAAAAAGAAGUAUUGUUCAUCGACUGUGAAUGAAAGAUAAUAUACUGACAUAAAAUCGUAAAAGCUCAGCUGUGCAGCCAUGCUAUUUAGUUUAUGAACAAAAAACAUGUCCAUUUUUCAUAGUUUGUGGCAGCAGGGCGAACGCGAGCGAAAGUCUGCAAAUAAAUCGUACAGUAGAGUAUCGGUCAAAUCACACCAUUCUAACGGUGAGUAGCUUUACUCUCCAUGUGUUAUCUCUCUUUGUCAGGGGAACUAUGAAUUUAUCUAACUACUCCAAAUAUAAAUUUAUAUUCCCCGAUAUUCCCCUAGCAUGUAUAUUAUUCUCUGCUUUUCUGAUAGUUAGUUCCAAUUAACAAAUUGUUCCAAAACACUUUCGACAAAUAAUUGAUUUAUAAUAAUUGCAAAAAAUUUUUUUUUCUCCCAUUUUUUUUUUUUGAAAUUGAUUUUAUUUAUUAUAUUGUUAAAGGCAUUUAGAAAAAAAUUCUGGUUUAUUGCUUUUUUUUUUUGGUGCAACUGUGUAUAAAUUUAGUAAAAUUAAUUCUUUUAAGUAUUCCAAAAUUUUUUUUCCGAGCCAAUCAGUUCUUCUUAUUAGAAAUUUUAUUCGAAAUGUAAUGUAACAACGAAAAUUUAAUUUCAGAUUAUUUUGAAUCAAUACGUUUCUUUUGGAAGCUGAUUUUUAAUCCUGAAAUUUUAUUUGGAAUUGCUUUGAAAUUUUGGGAUUAAAAUUCAGAUUCAAAAGAAAAUGGAAUUUGAAAUGAUCCGAAAAGAAUUGUUGAAACUAAAUACAAAAGAUUCCGAAUUGGCUCGGAAAUAAAUUUCGUAAUUCCACAGAAUAUUUAUGAAAACAGAUUGAAUACGAAAUUUUCAUCAAAGACUUAAUGUUAUUCUAUACAAGAAUAUAAAAUUUUGUUUACUAAACAAAAUUCAAAAUGUAUCAUUUAAAAAUACUGUUUUAAUAAUUUUUCUGGAAAUAUUAUUAAAAGAAUAUAUAAUUUUUUAUUGUAAUAAUAAUUUAUAAUUAUUAAUUAUAAUUAUUGUAAAAGUUGUG